AUGUUGGAAGUGUUUGAGAUCUUUCAGUCUGACAGACUGCGGAAGAAGCAGUUGGAAAGUAUCACCUUGCCCUGCAUAGUUCCCGGAGCAUAUGGGCCCCCAGGGACUCCUGGCUUUCCAGGAUUGCCAGGUCCCAAAGGCAGCAAAGGCUUUCCUGGCAUUCCAGGCCAACAUGGAUUACAUGGGUCAAAAGGACAGCCAGGGUCUCCAGGAAUAAUAGGCUUGCAAGGGGAACCUGGCUUCCCUGGGCCUCGAGGAGAGCAAGGGUCACAAGGACUUCCAGGACUGGAUGGAACAGAUGGUUUGCCUGGGAAAAUGGGUGCUUCAGGCUUAGGUGGAACAAAAGGAGCUGCUGGAGAUGUAUUUGGUGCUGAGAGUGGAGCUGUGGGAGAGCGUGGCCGACCUGGACUCCCAGGUGAUAAAGGACUUACAGGUGAUCUUGGAUUUCCAGGACCAAAAGGGUUAGACGGAAGACCAGGCCUCCUUGGUAUUAAAGGCGAACAGGGUCAUCCAGGAUAUUCGGGUGUCCCUGGAUUGCGGGGACCUCCUGGUCCUGGAGGUCUUUUUGGUAUUAAGGGAAAACCAGGACCCUUGGGGUCAGUUGGCCUUGCAGGAGCACCAGGCUGUCAAGGACUUCCUGGCGUCAAAGGCUUGACUGGGGAUGUAGGUCCACAAGGCCCUGCUGGUAUGAAAGGCUUCCCAGGUCUUGAUGGUGCUCCAGGAUCUCCUGGGGAAAGAGGAUUCUUAGGGCCACCUGGGCCUUUUGGUCAAGAUGGACGUCCAGGUUUCUCUGGGCCAAAAGGCGAGAAAGGGUCUUCUGGCGUGCUUGGUUUCCCUGGCAUGCCAGGCCUGCCUGGUGUCCCUGGGGUGAAUGGGUUUAAGGGAGCUCCUGGCACAGCUGGAGGAAAAGGCAGCCCUGGUGUUGUGGGACUCCAAGGUCAAAAAGGUGACAGAGGUGAUGCAGGUCCACCUGGUCUUCCUAUUCUUGGGCCUCCAGAACAGGCACUGCAGUUCAAGGGAGACAAAGGAGAUCCUGGAUUAGCUGGACUUGGAGGAUUCCCUGGACCUAGAGGUGAUAAAGGAAUCCCAGGAAGCCGUGGACAGCCUGGUCUCCCUGGUCCAACUGGGUCAGCAAGCAAAGAGAGAGGUCUUCAUGGUGACCCAGGCUUCCUUGGUCCACCUGGACAGCCUGGGCUGCCAGGACAGAAGGGUACACAUGGUAUCGUAGGAUGUCCAGUAAUGCCAGGAGAGAGGGGUUCAGAUGGUAUCACCGGAACACUUGGAUUCCCAGGACCUAUUGGCCUCCCUGGUCCAAAGGGUGAGCAGGGAGAGUCUGUUGGCAUUCUUUUUUUUGCUGGGGCAAAAGGAGAGCGAGGGGCCCCGGGGUUCCCAGGAGAGAGAGGGAGAGAAGGACUGAAGGGUGAACCAGGCUACCCAGGAAACACUGGGGUGAAUGGACUCAAAGGUGGCCCAGGAGAUCUUGGCCAAGAAGGACCAGCAGGAAUCCCUGGAAAUGCUGGGCUGAGAGGAACCCCUGGGCCACCAGGACCUCCAGGGCAGCCAGGACCUGUCGGAUUCCCCGGAGCUCGUGGAACAGCAGGACCUAAAGGGUUUCAUGGAUUUCCAGGUUUAAGUGGUCUGAAUGGCUUGCCUGGCACAAAAGGGUCUCCUGGAACACCAGGUCUGAGUGAAGCUGGACUGAAAGGCCCUGCAGGUCUCCCAGGUCCAAAGGGUGAAGAAGGUUCUCCAGGCUUGGGCAGAGGACCUUUAGGAUUCCCUGGACCAAAAGGCUCAUCAGGAGACAUGGGUCCCCCUGGUCCUGUGGGACUGCCUGGCUUGCCAGGAACACCUGGAGUUUCUCUUCCUUCUGAUAUACGUGGGAGACCUGGGGAUGCUGGCCAUCCAGGAACUGAUGGGAGUUCAGGUCUUCCAGGUCCUCCAGGACCACGAGGGCCCCCUGGCCCAGCUUCUGACCAAGGUGACACAGGCAAUCCAGGUCUCCCUGGUGUUCUUGGCUUGCGAGGCGUUAAGGGUGACGUGGGACCCACUGGUCCGGUUGGACUCCCUGGUGCAUCUGGAUUCAAAGGUGUAAGAGGUGAGCCUGGCCUUAUGGGGAUGCCAGGUAAAGAUGGGCCUCCGGGGGAUCCUGGUUACCCGGGGCUGAAAGGUGAAAUGGGUCAUCGAGGUCUCCCUGGCCAGCAAGGGGCUCCAGGUAUAACCCCCCAGCCAGAAGAAGUCACAGCCCCUGCAGGCUUACCUGGUCUGCCAGGAAUUGAUGGCGUCCCUGGCUUUGAUGGAGAUCCUGGAUUCCAGGGCCCAGCUGGAAAACCAGGUACAAAAGGUCUGCCAGGAAGAUCUGGUUUGAAAGGCCGUGAUGGUUUACCUGGAUCACCUGGCAUAGUUGGGGAUCCAGGACCUUCGGGUGCCCCAGGACCACAAGGAUUUGAAGGUGUUGCUGGAAAGCCGGGCUCACUAAUGCCUGGUCGGAGCGUGGGUGUUGGAUACACUUUAGUGAAGCACAGUCAGUCAGACCAAAUCCCACCUUGUCCCAUAGGAAUGAACAAGCUCUGGGACGGCUACAGCUUAUUGUAUGUGGAGGGGCAGGAAAAGUCACACAACCAAGAUCUCGGUUUUGCUGGCUCAUGUUUGCCUCGCUUCAGCACCAUGCCUUUUAUUUACUGCAACAUCAAUGAAGUGUGCUACUACGCCAGCCGAAAUGACAAGUCCUACUGGCUCUCCACCACGGCUCCUAUCCCCAUGAUGCCAGUGGACAGCCUUCAGAUCCCACAGUACAUCAGUCGGUGCUCCGUGUGUGAAGCACCUUCCCAGGCUGUGGCCGUGCACAGCCAGGACAUCACCAUCCCACAGUGUCCCCUUGGUUGGCGCAGCCUAUGGAUAGGAUACUCCUUCCUUAUGCACACUGCGGCUGGUGCAGAAGGCGGAGGUCAGUCCCUCGUCUCACCUGGUUCUUGCCUAGAGGAUUUCCGUGCUACUCCAUUCAUUGAAUGCAACGGCGCUAGGGGAACGUGCCAUUACUUUGCAAAUAAAUACAGCUUCUGGCUGACGACAGUUGAACAGUCGCAGCAGUUUGUCGGUGCUCCUCCCUCAGAAACUCUGAAAGCAGGACAGCUUCGAACAAGGGUCAGCCGUUGCCAAGUCUGCAUGAAGAACUUGUAGUAACAAAAAUGCAGUAACAGUCUUUGUUACCUAAGACUAGACAUCACUGAUGUGAAGAAGGAUAAAUUCAUAAACCUGUUUGGGGUGUGGUUGAUGAGUGAAUCAAGACAGCCAGAAUUCUACAAAAAAUCCAGUGUCAAGACCAGGAGUUUGACUGCACACAGAGGAGGGAAAGACUGAUGCUCCGA